AUGACAACGCGUGCAUACGAUGUGGUUUUGUAUGGUGCUUCUGGAUUCACGGGUAGCCUUGCCGCCCAGUAUCUUGCUGAGCACCCUCAGCAGCCUAGGGUCGCCUUUGCUGGCCGCAACGAGGCCAAGAUCCGUGGAGUGAUGGACAAGCUCACGGGCGUGUCCAAGGAGCGGUUGGACAGCAUCGGUGUGAUCAAAGCCUCAGCUGAAGAUAUGGACAGCAUCAAGUCGAUGGUGGCGCAAGCGAGUGUCGUGAUCAACAUGGUUGGUCCGUACGCCUUGUACAAGGGCUUCGAACUCGCACAGGCCGCAGCUGAGGCUGGCACGGGCUACGUUGACCUGACGGGUGAAGGGAGUGUGUACCAACGCAUUCAGCGUGAGCUGCACGACGUUGCUAAGCGGACGCAUGCGGCUAUUGUGCCUUCGUCGGGCUUUGACUGUCUGCCAUUCGACCUGACCACGUACUUGGCUGUGCAAGAAGUGCGCAAGGCCAGCGGUGGCAAGGCUGAUGUAGACCAUGCGUUGUGUGGCUACCUCGUCAAGGGCUCUAUCUCUGGUGGCACGAUCGCCAGUCUGGUCGGCCAGGCCAAGGUGUCGCCUAUUACUUUCCACGAUGCGUACGAGCUGAGCCCUAUCCGCGGCUCGCAGAAGGCCCAGGUGGUGAUGCAACGCUUCCUGCCGCAGUUCAACAAGUACGGUGCCUUUACGUUAUUCACGCCGCACAACACGGGUGUUACGAAUCGCUCGUGGGGUCUGCUGCAACAGGUGAAUCACCCGACGAGCUACGGCCCGCACUUCCGCUACCUGGAGGGCUUCAUUGUGCCGUCGGUCAUCGCUGCCUACAUUACAUCGACGAUCAUGAUGACCGUUGCGUGGUUGGUGAGCUAUGUGCCGUUUGUGGGUGAUUUCAUGAUGAAGAGCGUGCCCCAGGGCACGGGUGCGCCGAUAGAGAAGCAGCUCCAGGGCUUUGGAGAUAUCCGUACGCUGGCCUACAGCACCGAUAAGAAGACGGUGGGUCUGGCAACCUUUGGCGUCAAGGGUGAUCCUGGCUAUCUGCGCACGGCCAUGUUCAUCUCCGAGACGGCUCUGACGCUGGCACUGGAGAAGCAGCGCCUGUCGACGCUGGGACAAGAGGGUGGUGUACUGACGCCCGCUACGAUUGGUGGCGAUGUGCUGGCUGAGCGUCUGAGCAAGUAUGGUGGCGUGAAGAUUGUGACCAAGGACGUGUCUAACUCCAAGGACCUUUGCAAGGAGGCGGAAGCUUAA